CAUCAGCCACUGCUGCAGUUUGCCUGGCCUUCCUCGGUCCAGCACUGGAUCUUUGUCUAGGGGGGAGACCAGUAGUUUUCUGGAGUAGUAAAUUUGAGGCAGUAUAUUUCUGUUCAGCCACACUUAAACUUUGUCUUCUGUCUUGACACAUAAUAUCCAGGAAACAUGUUGAGGUAAUUUGAAGAAGAGGCAGAAGGAGGUGUGGGAGGAGAGAACCCAACAAAGAAGGAAAGGUAGAAUGAAGGCAUGGCAGGUCCUAGGCCAGUAGUGCUGAGUGGGCCAUCAGGUGCAGGGAAGAGCACCCUGCUCAAGAAGUUGCUCCAGGAACAUGGCAGCAUCUUUGGCUUCAGCGUGUCCCAUACUACACGGAAUCCACGACCUGGUGAGGAAAAUGGCAAAGAUUACUACUUUGUGACCAGGGAGAUGAUGCAGCGUGAUAUUGCAGCUGGGGACUUCAUUGAGCAUGCUGAGUUCUCUGGGAACCUGUAUGGGACAAGCAAGGCGGCUGUUCGGGCUGUGCAGGCCAUGAACCGCAUCUGCGUGCUAGACGUUGACCUACAGGGUGUGCGCAACAUCAAGAAGACUGAUCUGCGUCCCAUAUACAUCUCUGUGCAGCCUCCCUCACUGGAUGUGCUGGAGCAACGCUUGCGGCUGCGCAACACUGAGACUGAAGAGAGUUUGGCAAAGCGACUGGCAGCUGCACAGGCUGACAUGGAGAGCAGUGAGUGCGGCAAGGAGCCUGGCUUGUUUGACCUGGUGAUCAUCAAUGACAACUUGGAUAAAGCCUAUGCAACAUUGAAGCAGGCACUUUCUGAGGAAAUCAAGAAGGCUCAGGGAACCGGCCAUGCCUGAGGGCCUGCUUCAUUCCAGAAUGAUGCUGGUGCCCCAAAUCUGCCUGGGUUAUGAGGUGGGGUGAUCUUUGCCAAGGCACCAAGGACUUGUCAUAGGCUUCCACUGUGGAGUAGGAGGAGCUGCCCCUUGUCUGGCCACAUGGUGGCUCUUCAUCCUGUGCUGGCUUGCCGAAACUGAAGGAUUCUGAAAUGUACCCACAUUUAUUCUCCCUGGGCUGUCCCUGCCCCUGUCUCUGCCUUCCUGCUGGAGCAGGACUGACAUCCUAAUAAAGUAACUAUUGUUUUAGAGUGUCAGA